AUGACUGGAAAGACAAAGCCUAAGAAGCACACGGCCAAGGAGAUCGCCGCCAAGAUCGAUGCUGCUACCACUAACAGAGGAGGAGGCAAGGUUGGGCUCGCCGACCAUUCUAGGCUCAGCACGGGUGGCCACGCCAAGUUCGAAUGCCCUCACUGUAGGAUCACCGCUCUGAUACCAUGA